AUGUUGCUGAAUCCUACUUCGACACUGGCUGAAGCAACGAGGGGUAAAACCACAGGGUUCGACAGGGUACAGGUCAUGACGACGAUGACACAACGAGCUAGAGAGAAGAAGGGAUGCUAUCGUUGUGAAGGUUUGGGACAUGUAGCGCACAAUUGUGAUGCGGCUGCCCCUAAGGACGACGCCGCGAGAUGCCAGCUGUGUGGUGCCAAAUCACAUACCAAGGCUACAUGUCCCCGGAAAUCCCAAGCCUCAUCUAUCAACUGUAAACGAUGUGGUAAAACUGGUCACUACCCUGGUAUCUGUCAUGGUCAGAAAAGGCCACAUGUUGGCCUGGUCGGUAGAGGCGAGGGAUCUCGAGAGCGGAGAGUCGUUAAUAACACACUGGAAACUGCUAAGGAUGACGAACAGGAUCAGGGCGUGGACUUUACUGUCAUGAACCAGGCUUGCGAUACGAUGUGUACGACCUCUUCACAAACGAUCAAUGUGUCGAAAUACAUCUGCAAUGACCCAAAACUUGCCUCGGUUAUUGUUGGUGAAGUUCCGGCGUCUGGUUGCACUGGCAAUUGCUUCCGCACGGAAGCUCUCAUCGAUACAGGUGCCGGAGCCUCAUUUGUAUCACCCUCUCUGAUUGCGUUCGCCCUGAAGGAAGGAAUCGUAUCGGCCAAGCAG